AUGAGAGCGUCAUUGGCCAAAACGGUUGCUGUCACUUCGGCCUUGGCAGCUGUUGUUCAUGGCAUUGAUGUAUCAUGGGACGACGACAAAUCUAUCAAACAAGCUGCUAGUACUGUUGCGUAUGGCUUGGUGAAAUACUACACUGGUAACAAUACUGGUGAUACACCAGGCAACCUGCCAGAUCCAUAUUAUUGGUGGACGGCAGGGGGUAUGUUUGGUACAUUAAUCGACUACUGGUGGCUUACUGGCGAUGAGAGCUACAACAAGAUUACUACACAGGCUAUGCUGCAUCAGGUCGGAACAAAUGACGACUAUAUGCCCGAUAACCAGACUAUGACAGAAGGCAACGACGAUCAAGGAUUCUGGGCAGUCGCUGCUAUGUCGGCAGCUGAACAUAAAUAUCCUGACCCGCCUGCAGACCAACCGCAAUGGCUAGCACUAGUUCAGGCUGUUUUCAACGAAUAUGUUAGCCGUUGGGAUACACAGCAUUGCGACGGCGGAAUGAGAUGGCAAAUCUUCACAUGGAAUGCCGGAUACGAUUACAAAAAUUCCAUUUCGAACGGUUGCUUCUUCAACAUAGCUGCUCGCCUCGCUCGCUACACUGGCAAUACCACUUACGGGGACUGGGCCGAGAAGGUUUGGGACUGGGAAACAAAGAUCGGGCUCAUCAACAGCGAUUACCAGGUCCGAGAUGGUGUCCAUUUCGAAGGAAAAUGCCCCAGCUCCAUGGAUACCAACCAAUGGACCUACAACAGCGGUGUUUACCUUUACGGAGCUGCUGCCAUGUACAACAUCACCGGAAAAGCUUCAUGGAAAACCCGAGUAGAUGGUCUGCUGGAGGACAUAAAGACUGUGUUUGUGAAGAAUGGCGUUAUUUAUGAACAGUUCUGCGAGGAAAACAAGCUUUGUAACCUCGACCAACAGACCUUCAAAGGCUAUCUAGCCCGUUGGAUGGCAGCUACCGCAUUAGUAGCUCCACAUACAUCCGAAUACAUCACAGCGACGCUGCUAUCGACGGCAAAAAAGGCCGCCGUCUCAUGUUCAGGAUCGCCAUCUUCAGGAUUCGCAGGCCAGGCUGGCACGGCUUGCGGCUUCACAUGGUUGACCAACGGGUUCGAUGGGAUCGUUGGGGUUGGACCGCAGAUGAGUUCUCUGCAAUCCAUCAUGUACACCCUCGCCCCGGCGGCGAAAGCACCAGUGACUACGAAGACUGGAGGAACGUCAAAAGGAAACCCGGGUGGCGGCCAGACAAACAUGGAUGUCGACGUGUCAAAACCGAAAUAUGCAAAGAUCACAACGAUGGACAAGGUAGGGGCGGGCGCCAUAACAUGUAUGGUUUUAGCUUGCGUUAUUGGGGGUUCUGUUUUUGCUACUAUCUAA